AUGUUUGGUUUGCGAAUCCUUCCCGCCCUAACCAUAUGGUACUCAAGGGAGUAACAUUGAAAUUGCAACCCGGUUCGAAAGUCACUUUGGUCGGUCCAAGUGGAGGUGAUAAGAAAAUGGCUAACUCCCACGAGUUCAUCUCAAAAUUCCCAGACAAGUACCUAACCCACGUAGGAGAACGUGGGGCAAGGCUUUCGGGAGGACAGAAACAGAGAGUGGCAAUUGCAAGAGCUCUUCUAAUGAACCCUAAGAUUCUCCUCUUGGAUGAAGCUACAAGUGCUUUGGAUGCAGAAAGUGAAUAUCUAGUUCAGGAUGCUAUGGAUUCUUUGAUGAAGGGUCGGACAGUACUGAUUAUAGCGCACAGGUUAUCGACUGUUUAAAGUGCAGAUACUGUAGCCGUGGUUUCUGAUGGUCAAAUUGUUGAAAGUGGUAGCCACGAAGAACUUCUUGACAAGAAUGUCAUUUACACUGCUUUGGUGAGACGCCAACUGGAGGGAGCAAAGACGGAAACCCUCUAGUCUAGUUUCAACUAUCUAGUUGAUCGUUGUUUAGAAAGCGCAUAUUAUGUGAUUGCUUUCUUUUUAGUGUGCAUAUGCCAAAGCCAAACCGAUUUUUAAAAAUCCAAAUGGGAUCAAUUAUAAGAGGCUGAUAAAAGAAGAAUUUGUCCAAUGAACUUCAUGAAUAAAUGUCAAAUGAAUUCCGAAACAUCUUCCUUGAAUAUUAACCGUAAUGAAAAAGGACUAAAUACAGUUACUAGUUUA